AGCCUAUACGAACUUGUAAAAUGUAGUCAGUGUGUGUGAGAAACAAACUGUGAAAAAGAGUGUCACCAUGUGGUGGUCUCUGAUAAAGGUGCUGGUUUAGAUUAUAGGUGCAACUGUCCCAGCAUCCCGGUUAGAGGACGGAAAUGACCGGUAGUUCCAAGUUUUUAAUAUGUCACAUGCACAAGUACAUUAAAAUGCCUUUCCUUCAAGCUCUAACCCCAGAAAUGCAGGACUCAAUAACAAUGUAAUACUAAAAAUAACAAGGUAGAACAAAAACACACACGAUAUAAAAAGAAGAAAGAAGAAAGAACACAAAGUAAGUAAGCGUACUAUAUACAGGGUCAGUUCCAGUACCAUAUGUGUAGGGAUACUGGAUCAAUAGAGACAGAUACACAGUUCACACAUGUAUUACUACACUCAAGACACACACACACAUCAGCCAGGAAGUGGACUAGUGAAAUUCUAAGUGAUAGUGGUUUCUAGAACAGAGAGAAAAAUACACAAAAUCAAAUUUUAUUCGUCACACGCUUUGUAAACAACAAGGAUUAUCCGUAACCAUGGUAGCACCCACAUGAAUGUAGAAGUGUUUAGAAACAUGGUUUAUUCUUAUUUGCAAUAAAAGUGACUCCAAAAUGACACAAUACAUUAUUUACCAUGCAUUUCUAUUGGGCACAAAAUCAUCUAAAACACAACCUAAAUGAACUGCAUAUGCAUCCAACAAGUGUGUAGAGUCACAAGCUCGAUGUUGUCAUUGCAUGCUAAGAAUAUGGGACCAAAUACUAUAAAGUAGUCAAAAAAUACUUUGGACUACUUUAUUGGGUAGAAUCUUUAGGGGAGUCAAUCACCUUGACCCUUACCUUUUUGAGAAAAAUAAAAAUUACUUGUUAAACAAAUAUAUAGUUCUCUGAUUACUAAUUGUAUUAGUAUGAAAUAAUAUAAUUGUGCAAUUUUUUUGAGCAUACAAUAUAGCUCAGUAUUUUAAUUAUUUAUUUUACACUGUCGUUAUUGCUCAUCAAGGGUGUCAAUAAUUUUAGGCCCCCACUGUAGUACCAGACAGAAGAGAUGGUAGACCUGUCGACUAUUUUGAAGGUUUGUGCAGGAAAUAAGGCUCUAACAGUUCAAGUUGACAAGACUGGAAGUGAUGUCACUCAAGUAUAUUCUUCUUAACUGCUACAGAUAUUUUCAUGCUUCGAUUUAAUGCAAAGAUUCUCAACAGUCCCGAACCAUAUUUACAUUCAGCACACUGGAUCAGGAGUUUACUGUAUCACCAAUCAAGUUACUUUAUUAUCUUUGACAGUCAGUCUUUGUUGUCGAGUUACAUACAGUAUGAACACAAUAUCAAAUGCUCAUAUUUGUCUGUUGAUCUCCUACAUGGGUCCCAAAAGAUAAUCAAGGACCUUUUCAGUGGUUCAACCAGCUGUCACUCAAAAACUCCUCGACCAAUCGGAUUCAUUAAGAGAGACGAGAGCCCCGGUGGUGUCUUUUGCCAUUGCGUCCUCACUGGUUAAGCCUACCCAACCCUCAAUAUCCAGUUGGAGCAAGCGUGAAGUGUAAAAUCUAUUGUAUGGACAUUAUAAUGACCCAUGUUUGUAGUCCUGGAGCUCCUGAACAUGUUGAUGUACAGAGUAAACAAAUCUGCAGGAAGCUGAAAGGACAGGGGGAGUGUAACAAGGUGAAGAUAGCCCUGUGUUGCUAUUGCAUUGAAUAUACCCCUGGGUAGAUUCCCUUUGUCUGGUUACUUUCAGGUUAACAAAGUGAUUAAGCAGACCUGUUCCCCUUCCUAUAAAAGUAGAGCACAUUGUGUGCUCUGGACACAAGCUGGAUCAGGGAGAAGCUGCUGCUGGACUCCAAGCUGCCAACUGGAACAGUUGAGUUUUUAGUGAAUUGUUAGAUGAGCAUUUUGAUAAACUAAGAGUAAAGUAAAGACUAUUGUUGUUUGCUUCCUUGGUGUGACAGCUUGGAGGCCAACAAAGUAGAAUGCACAAGCGGUGAUUGGAUUGUUAUGAUGUAUUAUAAUCUGUCUGUGCAUUUGAAGGGGAAGGCUAAUAUUUGACCAUUGAGCUUUACUUUCUGCAGUUAUAUUGUAUUUGCCUGUGGGCCUGGUUCACUGUUUGCUGUGUUCAACUAAACUAACUGAGUGAUGUGUGAUAUCUCUCCACGGAAUCUAUCCAUUGUGUACCUAACCUAAAUAAAAACCUGCAACUAGGUGCAUUAAAGGGAUAGUUCACUCAAAUUGCAAAAUAACAUACUGGUUUCCUUCCCCUGUAAGCAGUCCAUGGACAAGGUAUGACAGCCAUCCAUGUUUUGGUUCAUUACCCCUGGCACUGUUUCCAAAUGCUAAUGUUUGACCAUGACUUGAAUGAGAUUUUUGCCAGAAAUGCAAAAGCGUUAGCAACUGGUUAGCGACUGGAAACCAAAGCAUUGCUGUCAUACCUUGUCAUAGACUGCUUACAGGGGAAGGAAACCAGUGUGUACUUUAGUCAUUUGGGUGAACAAUCCCUUUAAGUAAGCUCCUGAAUUUAGGAGUUUGUAUACAGCCUUUCAUGCUUAUCCACAUGAGUCGCUGCAACUUGUAAUAACUAUUUUAUAGUCUUGUAAUAAACGUGUAAUAUGUUUAAUUCCGUGUCUGGUCUGUUUCCACGACCAUGUGUCCACUUGACGUCUUCAUUGACUCUGUCCCAUCCAACAAGAAUCUGUUUGUUAAAGGAGUUCUGGAAACGCCCUGAGUUUGCUUGUUACGUACGAUAUUAUUAUGUCAACAGCUAGCCUUUGUUUUCCAUUUUCCCUCUAUGGAUCUUCCUGGUAUGAUAGUUCCCUGUCCAUCGUCACAAAUAGCUUACAGAGACAGUGGUAACCGUGGAGAUGUCCAGGGACAUUGUUUAUACCAAUGAAGAUGUUUUCGAGGGAACCGUUUGGAGUUGACAACCAGAAAUAUGUCUUUGAAGAGUCCAUGUGUGAAACUCCAGAUAUGUCUACUUACUACCAGACUGGGAAUGAAGUGACCCCAAGAAGCACACCACAACCUGGCAACUCAGGUUCUGAUAGCUCAGGGAAGAGACCAUUCCUAGUUGCUGCAGUGUGUCUGGGGAUGCUGUGUGUUCUCCUACUGGCUGGGAUCAUUGGCUUGUCAGUCUCCUUUCAGUUAACAGCGAAAACCUGUACCGAAGGAUGGCAGAGGUUUGGCUGCAGCUGUUACUACAUCUCUACUGAGGUGAACACCUGGGAUUAUGCCAGACAGGACUGUCUGAACAGAGGAGCAGACCUGGUGAUCGUAAACAGCGAAGAUGAACAGGUAUUUCUCACUACAUUUGAUCGAUGGAUCUGGAUUGGUCUGACGGACAGAGGGACACAGGGAACCUGGAAAUGGGUGGAUGGCACACCACUGACCAAAGCGUUCUGGUGGUGGUCAGAACCUGAUUCUGCCACUGGAGAGAAGGACUGUGCUAUGAUGUAUGGAGGUGUACAAAAUAUUCCUCUGCACGCAUGGAAUUACUUUAGGUGUGACUUGAAAUUGGAAUGGAUUUGUGAGGUGUUUUUUUCUUAACAAUACCAUUACAACAUUGUCUACUCUCAAACAACAACACACACACACCUUAAACUUGUCAUGCCAUAUUAUGCUUGUGAUAUUGUCACAAUAAAGUUGAUUUUCGGUUUUA